UUGACAAAAUUCACGAUUGACACCAUUCAAACAUGCCUGUGAAAGAUCUUGAGUAUUUACUAUUUUGUGUUUCUGAAAACAAACCAGCCAAUAUAAUUAGCCAAUAAGUGCAUUUCUCCGUCGCAAAAAUAUUAUAUGAGUAAUCGUUAUUGACGUGAAAUAGCGUUUAAUAUCAUCCCCGUCGACAAUACGUGUGUCAUGAAAUGUAUGCGCUUUAAAAUCUUCCAGUGAGGUAUCAGUGCACAUAUCUUGGCUUCCUUCUUGUCGAAGUGUUUGAGAAAAAUAUCUUUCAACGGAGAAGGUAGAAAGUGUAUUUUUAACGAAAAGAAACGAACAUGAGCUCGGGCUUCAUAUCGGAGGCUGAAAUUGCCGAACAACGGCGAAUGCGGCAAGAAGAAUGGGAGCGCGUACGAACACCAGAUCAGCCUUUAGAAGCUCCUGAGGAAUCUUAUGAUCCCAGAUCAUUGUAUGAAAGGUUACAAGAGCAGAAGAAUAAAAGAGAUAUGGAAUAUGAAGAAGCUCAUAAAUUAAAAAAUAUGAUUAAAGGCUUAGAUGACGAUGAAGUGGAAUUUUUGGACCUGGUUGAUAGAACUAAAUUAGAAGAAGAACGUAAAAAGAAUUUAGAGGAGGAGAAAGAAAUGCGUGAUUUUAAAGCUGCAGUUGCUUCGCUUCAAGAAAAGAAAUUAAAUGAAAAAUUGAAGCAAGAGUUGAAGAAUCCAGUUGCCAGCAAUAAAAAUGCUUUCUGUGGAAGUAGCCGUCCUUCACAGUUAAAGCUAUUGGCAGGCGUUGUGGUAAAACGGUCUGACAAACAAAAACAAGAAGAAACACCUAAGGGAAUUAAAAGAAAAUUUAGUACAUCUGAUAGUGACACAGACACUGCAAAGAAGGAAGAACUACAUUCAUCUUGUGAACCAGAAAAUAAUACAUCAAGACCGGUAACUAGAAAAUGUGGACUCAAAUGCAUUGGUAUAUUACCUGGUCUUGGUACAUAUGAAGAUUCUAGUGAUAGUGAUUGCAGUUCCGACACAGAUCAGGAAACAGAACCAUGCCCUAGUAAAUAUGAUAUUUUAGGCCGAAAAAUAAAACAAUCGAAAGAUAAGGAAAAAAGCUGAACAAUAAACCUAACAGUAAUUUAUUCUUCUUCCAUAUUCACAGAUAUUAUCCUGUUCUUAUGUAUAUAUGAAUAUGGUAAUGUUUCUAAAUAUGGAAAUGGGAAAUUGUCAUAAUAUUGCAAUUGCGUUUAAAACACAUGCGUACAUAUAUUUCUAUUAAAUUUAACCAAUAUAUGCAUAAUCGACAUUUUUCUUAAUAUAUACAUUUUUCAGAUUUCCCACAAAUACAGUUUUGUUUUCAUAUAAAAUGUGAGUUUGAUUUUAUAUGUAGUCUGUAUGAUCAUGUAUAAUCUAUAGUUACUAAUGUCUCAAAACUACUGGAUAUCCUUUUAUCACGAGUUUCAUCGAUUUAAGAUUGAAUUUGUUCUAUGAAACAAUUUGUGGAGGCACUUAUAAUUGUUGGGCAAUUGAUAAGCAAAAAUAAGCAAAUUAAAACUUUUGCAAAAGUAGUUAACAAGAUUAUAUUCUUCAGUCAGUGUCUCAUAAUCUAAAAAAUAAGUGUUAAAUAAAUUAUCAUUUGAACUGUAAAAAAUGAUAAAGAUAAUACAUAUAUUAAAAAAAGUGCUGAAAAAAAUUUGUGCCCAAAUUAAAAACAAUGUGUUCUCAAGGAACAUCAGGUAGUUUUUGAGAUGUGUAUUGAUUAUAUAUUUAACUUCACGAUUAGAGAAUUACUAUUCUACACAAACGUUAAUCUAUUUUGUCAUAGUUACAUUUUAAUAUACAUACAUACAAACAUACAUACAUACAUACAUACAUACAUACAUACAUACAUAUACACACACACACACACACACACAUAUAUAUACAUACAUAUAUUUGGCUGAUUGUAGAUACAAAUAUUGAUGUAAUCUUAAAAGGUUAGAGUAUUAAAUUGGUCAACCAAAUAAAUGAUUAUAAACAAAAUAA